AUGGCGGCAGAAUCGCGGAGGCUGGCGGUGUGCGCGCAGCUGGUCGCCUGCCUCAUUUUAUUCCCAACUCUAAUAAAGACAGCCGUUGCAGCCGGCUGGGACCCGUGGACUCCAGAGCCAUUAGCACCUGCGUCUCGUCCGGGAGUGGCAGCAGCUGUGCCUCAGAGAGCGAACGCCUGGGGUCCCCCCGAUUCUGUCGAGACUGGGGACAAGGCGCAUCCGCCAGCAUUCCAGACGAUGACUCCAUCAGGAGAUGCGAGCUUGUCGUAUAAUUUGUCUUCUGUUCCUCCAGCUGGUGUACCUCUGCUUGCAGCUGCGAAUAAAAACCAGCACAAGACCCCUUUGGGCUCCUUGAGCAGCCAGCUGCUCACGCUGUCGGACUUGCCGGGGGAGACGGAGACGGAACAGAUGGACAUGCGGGUGGGAGUUGAGCAGGGGCCCUGGGCAACUCAAAAAAAGGCAAAAGGCAACUUGCUUCAAGUGUUUCUCAAUUUUUUUCGGAAGCCCCACCUUUUUAAGAUCAUUGUCCUAGUGGCAGUCAUGUUUGUCACCUUCUUCCUUGUUGGCAUAUUCGCAAGAAUCGCGCAAGUCAUUUUUGGGAUCUUUUUGGCCUUAAAGGUUCUGCAGUUGUUCGAGGAGGACGAAGGAGACUUGUUAGGGGCCGCAAACGGAGACACUUUCCGUAAAGACCAUGCUGCCCCCCAAACUGGACUACAUCAGGCAGGUGCCCAGCUCCCAUACGCCUAUUCUGCUGGGAGUAGCAUGGACUAA